CAGCAAACACAAUCUGAGUGAAAGAAAGAAAAAGAGCAGUGAUUGAUAAGUAUGGCGAGGUUAACAGGAGUUGUUAUAGUGCUGUGCGCUUUCCUUUUACAGUGCAGCGAUGGAACGAGAAGCUUGAAACAAGAUGAGACAAGGUACAGGAUAGAUAUGUUCCGCAGGGACUGGCCUUCCUCUCCUCUUUUGGAUGGGCUCAACAACAUAACAAGGACGGAGCAAGUGCGGCGAGCAAUCGAAAGAAGCAAGUGGAGAGCUCAGAGGCUUCAAGCUCACCAAAUAGACGGAUUGGGCACAGGAUACUAUACCAGUCCAGUGAGUGGGGGAGACGGGGAAUUCAUAAUGCAAAUAGGCGUCGGAGAACCUUCUCCACUGGUGCAGCAUGCAAUCAUGGACACUGGCAGCGACAUGAUCUGGAUCCAGUGCACCCCUUGCACUCUCUGCUCUCCCCAACAAGACGCUUUCUACAAUCCCACCCUUUCUUCCACUUAUCGACCGCUUCAUUGCCCAACCAGUGACUGCGAUAUAGACAGUGGAUUGAUGUGCGGUGUGGACGAUGGGAUUUGCAAAUACAGGUAUGGAUAUGGCGAUGGUUCAGCCACGACAGGUGACGUGGCUUUCGAAACAUUCAGUGUGAGGAGUGGGAGUGGGAACAACUCCAGCUGGAAGGCUUUUCCUGGCCUUCGGUUCGGGUGUGGGCAUCAGCAGGAGGGCUCUUUCGACGGCGUCGACGGCGUUGUGGGCUUGGGACGAGGGAAAUUCUCCUUGGCAUCUCAGCUUUCGGGCUUCAUCAAGAACAAGUUUUCUUAUUGCUUACCGCCCAUGGACCACACUUCAGGCACCACCCAUUUGGUCUUAGGGGACGCUCCACCCAGUCAUCACCAUCACAAAAGGAAGUAUAGCUCCACUCCUUUUGUGGGAACACAUCCGGAUUUCUACUAUCUCAGCCUGGAAGGAAUCAGCGUUGAGGGCAAAGCAAUCAAGUAUCCGCCCGGUACUUUCGCUAAUGAUGAUGUGGGUGGUUUCAUAAUCGAUUCAGGAACCACUCUCAGUUAUCUUCCUGAACCUGCCUACGGUGCCCUUGUGGAUGCCCUCAGUUCUCGUAUCAACGCUACACCUGUGGAUGCUAGUUCUUCCGGUGGAACCGGUCUUUGCUACGAGCAAAUCCUUCCGAUGGCAGACAUUCCCAGUAUUGCAUUCCAUUUUGCAUGGGAUGCAACAUUUGAUGUGCCUGCGCAGAAUUCGUUCGUCUUGGUCCAAGAUAAUCAAGGACGUCAGUUGCUUUGCUUGGCGUUUAUGAAUGGAGGGCCUGCGCGUUCACUGGCUAUAUUAGGGAAUAUUCAGCAGCAGAAUUAUGACAUCGUUUACGAUUUGGAGAAGAACAGCCUCUCUUUUGCUCCUGCCCACUGUGGGAAAACACACUAGCUGCUGCUAUGUUGGAAUUGUAAUUUCACCCAGUUGCAUGGAAAGAACUGGAGUUCUUUGAAGAGUUAAAAUUAGGUGUUCUUUAGAUUUUGCAUGAGUUUUGUAAUAAUUGCAUGCUAAGUUUCAUGAUUUUCAGAAUUUGUCCAAGACCUCUAUAUAGAGAGGCAUUCUGUAAUGAAAUUUUUCAUCGCUGAUCUUUAGAUCAGUUGAACUUUGAUCUUGCGAUCAAGAAGUUUAUUGUAUUCAGUUGAAUAAAUAAAGAUUCAUGUAUUUGAAAUCAAA